UUCGAUGACCUCAGGGGUCACUUCACCCAGACAGAGUGGGCUCAGCUGGCCACAUGCGAGAAGGAGCGCUACAGAAACAUGAAGAGGAACCACCUGUUCAUGCUCUCCAUAGGGCUCUCCUCUCCUCCUCCUGCCUUUAUGAGGCAGGGACGGGCCAGGAAGGCACUGGCCAGACCGCCCCCAGCUGACAGCAGCGACUCAGAGGAGGAGUGGACACCCAGUCUGGAGAGGAGGCCUCCAGCCCCUCGUGGGUUCAGAGCUCCAGCCAGAAUUCCUCCUGCUUCCAGAGUCGUCCCUGUGAGGCCCCCUCCUCCUGCUCCACCAUCUCAGGAGGUGCAAGACAACAACACUUCGCAGAACAGCAGCAUUCGACCAGUCAGCAGUAGUGUUCAAUGUUCUCAGGCUUCUGAGGUGGAACCAAUAGAACAGUCUGUGGAGGCAGAAGAGAACAAACAGGUCUUGGUUCCUCCAAUAGACUCAGACCAGAGUAGAGAGGAAGACAGAGUGGAGACUGUGGAAGGACAGGCAGGGAGAGAGACAGGCCCAGCAGCAAAGAGACGUGGUGUGUCAAAGAGAGAGUGGUUGAAACGGCAGAAACAGCAGCUGAACAGCUACCAGAGAGGAGGCAGUCUGCGCAACAGACCCAGAGUGAGCUACACAGAGGAAGACGUGCCCAGAGAUGAAGAUUACCUCUACUGUGAGGACUGUGAGUCUUUCUACAUUGAAGAGUGUGGGGUCCACGGCCCCCCUAACUUCACCCCCGACACCCCAGCUCCUGUUGGGGUCCCAGACCGAGCCAGGCUCACCCUGCCCCCCGGGCUGGAGGUCAGGACGUCCAACAUCCCAAACGCAGGACUGGGGGUGUUCAACCAGGGCCAGACGGUGCCUAGAGGCACCCACUUUGGCCCCUAUGAGGGGGAGGUGACCGACAGAGACGAGGCCAUAGAGAGCGGAUACUCCUGGGUGAUAUACAAGAGCCGUCAUUCAGAUGAGUACAUCGACGCCAAGAGAGACACGCACUCCAACUGGAUGAGGUAUGUGAACUGCGCUCGUGACGUGGAGGAGCAGAACCUGGUGGCGUUUCAGUACAGGGGAGGCAUUUUGUACCGCUGCUGCAAGCCCAUCGGCCCUGGAGAGGAGCUGCUCGUCUGGUAUGGAGAGGACUACGCCAGAGACCUGGGCAUCAGCUUCGACUACCUGUGGGACGUGAAGAGCAGCGCCACAGAGGUGACAGCGUCUCAGGUGUUUCCGUGCUCCCUGUGUCCGUUUGCCUACACGGCUCAGAUCUUCCUCCACAAGCACAUCAGGAGGAGCCACACGGACGAGUACACGCGCCUGCUGAGGUCUGGAGAGAUCCGAUCAGAGACUCUGGCGCCCUCCAGAGGUCAUGGCAGCAUCAACCAGCACACUCAGAGCCAGAGCCAGAACCAGAGCCAGACCCAAACUUCAGCAGCAAGAGAGAUCCGAUCAGAGACUCAAGCUCCUUCUAGAAGCAGCAGCAACACACAGAACAACCCAACUGUGUCAUGCAGGUCAACGUCCAGUAGAGUCAUUCACCGUUCUUCAGAACAGGAAGGAGGGAGUGACCAGAGAUGUCAUACGUGUGCUGAGUGUGGCAAGAGCUUCAGACGUAGAGUAGAUCUCAAAACACACCAGCGCACUCACACAGGAGAGAGGCCGUACCACUGCACUCAGUGUGGCAAGAGCUUCACUCAAGAGGCACAUCUCAAACUACACCAGCGCACUCACACAGGAGAGAGGCCGUACCACUGCACUCAGUGUGGCAAGAGCUUCAGAGGUAGAGUACAUCUCAAACGACACCAGCGCACUCACACAGGAGAGAGGCCGUACCACUGCACUCAGUGUGGCAAGAGCUUCACACAGGGGCGAGAUUUAAAACAACACCAGCGCACUCACACAGGAGAGAGGCCGUACCACUGCACUCAGUGUGGCAAGAGCUUCACUCAAGAGGGACAUCUCAAAAGACACCAGCGCACUCACACAGGAGAGAGGCCGUACCACUGCACUCAGUGUGGCAAGAGCUUCACUCAAGAGGGAGAUCUCAAAAGACACCAGCGCACUCACACAGGAGAGAGGCCGUACCACUGCACUCAGUGUGGCCAGAGCUUCACUCGAGAGGGAAGUCUCAAACAACACCAGCGCACUCACACAGGAGAGAGGCCGUACCACUGCACUCAGUGUGGCAAGAGCUUCACUCGAGAGGGAUAUCUCAAAACACACCAGCGCACUCACACAGGAGAGAGGCCGUACCACUGCACUCAGUGUGGCAAGAGCUUCACUCUAGAGCAUCAUCUCAAAACACACCAGCGCACUCACACAGGAGAGAGGCCGUACCACUGCACUCAGUGUGGCCAGAGCUUCACUCUAGAGCAUCAUCUCAAAACACACCAGCGCACUCACACAGGAGAGAGGCCGUACCACUGCACUCAGUGUGGCCAGAGCUUCACUCUAGAGCAUCAUCUCAAAACACACCAGCGCACUCACACAGGAGAGAGGCCGUACCUCUGCACUCAGUGUGGCCAGAGCUUCACUGAAUCACGUUCUUUGAAGAAACACCUGUGCACUCACAUGAAAGAACCGUAACUGUGCUUUUGGUGAAACAACAAUUUAAUCUACUUUCCAGAGACAAACAAGAGCAAUAGUAAAGAUAUAUUUGUAUUGCUGUUUAAUUACUUAUAACGUAAGCUGUUUUUUAAAUCACAUUUUAAAUGCAGUACUGUGUUUAUAGUGACAACUUGAUAACAUUUGACGUCAAAACCUAAAGGGAUCAACUUUACUACUACUCAGUAUUAUGUUGACACUUCAAAUGACUUUUUAACAUUUUUAACUAGUUUGAGUAAUCCCUAUUUUGUUGUUUUUAAAUGCAGUAAUAUGAAAUGUUGUGUAAUGUAUUGUGUGGAAGGUGCAUGUAUUGAAAGCAUGUUGGAAAUGUGGCUUUGAAAGAUGGUUGUUUAAGGAUAAAAACAUUUUACAUCA